AUGGCGGCGCGGCGUGCGCGGGCCGUGCGGGUGCUGGUGGACAUGGACGGCGUGCUGGCCGACUUCGAGGGCGGCCUCCUGCGGGGCUUCCGCCGCCGCUUCCCUGCCGACCCGCACGUGCCGCUGGAGGAGCGCCGCGGCUUCCUGGCCCGCGAGCAGUACCGCGCCCUGCGGCCGGACCUGGCGGAUAAAGUCGCCAGUGUGUACCAGGCGCCAGGAUUCUUCCUGGACUUGGAGCCCAUUCCUGGAGCCCUGGAAGCCUUGCGGGAAAUGAACGACAUGGAAGACACGGAGGUCUUCAUCUGUACCAGCCCCCUGCUGAAGUACGAGUAUUGUGUGACCGAGAAGUACCGCUGGGUGGAGAAGCACCUGGGGCCCCAGUUUGUGGAGCGCAUUAUCCUGACAAGGGACAAGACGGUGGUGGUGGGGGACCUUCUCAUUGAUGACAAGGAGAGCAUUCAAGGUCAAGAGGAGGUCCCGAGCUGGGAGCACAUCUUGUUCACCUGCUGCCACAACCAGCACCUGGCCUUACCCCCCACGAGGCGGCGGCUGCUCUCCUGGAAGGACAACUGGAGGGAGGUGGUAGACAGCAAGCGGGGAGACCCUGCAAGCGACCACACACCUGGGUCCCCCUAG